AUGGACAGCGGCGGCGGCGGCAAGCACUUCAUCCUGCUGCACGGCCUGGCGCACGGUGCGUGGUGCUGGUACAAGGUGGUGGCGCAGCUGCGCGCCGCGGGACACCGUGCGACGGCGCUCGACAUGGCCGCGUCGGGGGUGCACCCGGCACGCCUCCACGAGGUGGCGUCGUUCGAGGACUACUCGCGCCCGCUGCUGGACGCGGUGGCCGCGUCCCCCGACAGCGACAGGCUCGUCCUGGUAGGACACAGCCUCGGCGGGCUCAGCGUCGCCCUCGCCAUGGAGUGGUUCCCGGGCAAGGUCGCCGCCGCCGUGUUCCUGGCCGCGUCCAUGCCCCGCGUCGGCAGGCACAUGGGCGUGACCAUCGAAGAGGUCAGCUGCAAGCGCGCCCAAAAGUACCUGCUGGUGAUCUGCCGGACCCGGUCCCCUGCCGACGGGGGAGGGGCUCCCGAGGGAGCCGGGCCUCGAACUGCACUUCUGUUUGGCCCCAACUUAUUGGCAUCCAAAUUGUAUGAUCAAUGCCCUGCAGAGGAUCUUGAACUGGCGAAGCUGUUGGUAAGACCCGGCUUCCAGUUCAUGGACGACCCAACGAUGAAGGACGAGACGCUGCUGACGGACGGCAACUACGGAUCCGUGAAGAGGGUGUUUGUCGUCGCCAAAGCCGACAGAAGCAGCACCGAGGAGAUGCAGCGCCGGAUGGUGGAGCUGAGCCCCGGCGCGGACGUCGAGGAGGUCGCCGGAGCCGAUCACAUGGCCAUGCUCUCCAAGCCAACGGAGGUCUGCGAAGUUCUGGUCAGGAUUGCCGGCAGGUACGACUGAGAAGAAGACGGACAAUUGGCGCUUCAGUCUGCUUUCAGUUCAG